AUUGGCUGAGAGGUGACCAAUAGGCAGCUGACAGGAGUUACCGUGUGUGGUGGUCGGGCUGCAGCAGUGGUGCACAAUGUUCGGGAAACUUUCCUAUUUGUUGUUUCUGCUCAUUAUUUUCUACAAUGGCCACACUGACGCGCAGAAGAAAAAAGAGACUCUGCUGUCAGAGAAAGUGACUCAGAUGAUGGAGUGGGCCUCCAAACGUUCAGUCAUCAGGAUGAAUGGAGAUAAGUUCCGUCGCUUUGUCAAGGCUCCUCCCAGAAACUACUCCGUGGUCAUCAUGUUUACAGCCCUGCAGCCACAGAGACAGUGUGGGGUCUGCAGACAAGCUGAUGAGGAGUUCCAGGUGCUGGCUAACUCCUGGCGUUAUUCCUCUGCCUUCACAAACAAAGUCUUCUUUGCAUGUGUCGAUUUUGAUGAAGGAUCAGACGUCUUUCAGAUGCUAAAUAUGAAUUCUGCUCCGACCUUCAUUCACUUCCCAUCCAAAGGAAAACCCCGCAGGUCUGAUACUUACGAGCUCCAGGUCAGAGGCUUUGCAGCUGAGCAGCUGGCUAGAUGGGUGGCAGACAGGACUGAUGUGCAGAUCCGUGUCAUUCGUCCUCCCAACUACGCAGGGCCUCUCCUGCUGGGCUUCCUCCUGGCUGUGAUUGGAGGACUGGCGUAUCUACGAAGGCAUAAUUUGGAGUUUCUCUUUAACAAUAAUGUCUGGGCCUUCUCUGCGCUGUGCUUUGUCCUGAUCAUGACUUCAGGUCAGAUGUGGAACCACAUCAGAGGACCACCUUAUGCGCACAAGAACCCCAGCACCGGACAAGUUAGCUACAUCCACGGCAGCAGCCAGGCCCAGUUUGUGGCUGAGACACACAUUGUCCUACUCUUCAAUGCUGCUAUCACCAUGGGAAUUGUGCUGCUGUGUGAGGCUGCUACCUCUGACUUGGACAUCGGAAAGAGGAAGAUUAUGUGUGUAGCAGGCAUUGGUCUGGUGAUGCUGUUCUUCAGCUGGCUGCUGUCCAUUUUCAGAGCAAAGUACCAUGGAUAUCCAUACAGUUUCCUGAUAAGUUAGAGCUGACCAGCAUCCUCCAGCACAGCAAGUUCAAGACAGGAAGUUCCCCAAAGUGCUCUCAACAAGCAGGGUGCUGUCCAUGGCAACGAUGUCACAUUUUUGUCUGCUAAGCCAUGGUUUGGCUUCUGAUAUGAUGAGCCAAACGUGUGUGUGUGUGUGUGUGUGUGUGUACACAUACAUUGUGCCUUAAACAAAGACUCAACAAGCAAUUAAUUUGCCAGUAACCGAGCCCUAAUCAUCAGAGUGCAUUCUAAACUGUCUCGUGCCAAAAUGUGUUUUAUAGAUUAGAAUUAGGAAAAACAAAAUCAGAAUUUCUUAAAUUCAUUGAUUGGUGAUAGUUUCUCAGUUACUGAACACAAAUCUCAGUCUGUAUCUUUAUUUUUGAAACUGUUGGGACCAUAAACAGGUCAUGGACUCUGUUCUGUUUUGUUUGAUUUUGUUUGUGUGUGCCUGAACUUAAACCAGGAUUUAAUAUUUAUUGAAGAGCAAAGUGGGAGCCAGCAUUCACAUUUUCUGGAAAUAAGUAAUUUUGGUUACACUUUAUAUAGCUCCUGUAAUAUCCUCAUAAUGUCCUAAGAUGUUUUCUGGUAAGAGCAAUACAUUUUGGUACUAAAUGUAGGGAAAAUGGAGAUGUGAUAGUACGCAUAAUAUUAUACCACCACAGGGAAGGACAAAAAACAUUUUUUUCAUGUACAUAAAAACUUUAAGAAAACUUAAAAAGCGGUAAGAAACAUCCCAUCACUAGGCUUAAAAAUGAGUUGCUACUUCUGAUAGGCAUUUCUGAUAUUUCACUUUCUUUUAGUAAUGGAACUAUUAACAUGUUUAAGAAUCACUGACAGUAUUUUUGACUGUAAACAGGGAAGACUUAAAUGCCAUUUCAUUUGGAAUUUCAAACAAGAUGUUGGUCCCCUCUGUAACACAGGGCCUCAAUAUCUGCUAUUGAUGUAGGACCCAUUUGAAGUCUCUAUCAUGUCCGUUCAUAUUGUGUGUUAGUUUUGCUCACUCCCAAACAAGCUUUCUGUUCAAUGGGCACAAACCAGUGGAGAUGCAGUAAGCCUGGGGCUGUUGGUGCCCCUGGAGUUCUGGUUCCCUGUGACAAUUGCCACUUUGGAAAUGUUCACUCUUCCCUGGUGCACGUCUGCCUGGUUAGUAAUCCAGCCUUGAUGGUUUCUGUUAACAACAAAAAGCUUUCCACAGUUGUUAUUUACGCUUCUAUUUGGAAUUUUACUAAGGUUCAUGGGACCUGUUGUACUUAGACCAGUUUAACCAGUAAACGGUAUGUAAAACAUGAUUUCACAGAAACAAAGAAGAAAUGCUACUAACCGAUGGCCAUAACAUAGCCCAGUAAAGACUGUGAUAUCAUCAAGUAGUCCUUUGUUUCUGUGGUGAUGAACAGUGAGGUCAUCAUUUAAAGAAAAGGUUUAGAAUGCAGAUUUGACCUGCAGCUUCACCCACUGCUACUCUAAGCUAUGUGCCUUACACUGCUGAGCCACUAGGGUGUGUGAUGAAUUCUAUACCCAUGACCUGAAUAUAGCAGUGUAAUUUUAAUAAAUCUGAAGGCAGUUUGACCAGGAAGCCAGUUCAGUUCCUUAUCACUUCUCUCCCUCAGUGUAGUGUGUCACAGAGUAACACAUUACAGCGUUCUGUUGACUUGGGGGAUACAUAAAUGAUUAAAUUACAACUUCAUUUUUCCAAACCCAGAAGCAGAAUGCGUCGUCACACUCAGGGUUUGCUCAAACCUAUCUGGAAUCUAAUAGUAUGAAUUACUUGUAGAUUCAGGGAUGGAAGGUUUAAAAUAUUUAUUUUACAGUAUGAUUUGUGCAUUUUCAAAUUUUUUUUAAUCAAAUGACCUCUACUAAAUCUGUUUGGAUUUAUCAAGUCAGUUAACUACACACACAUGGGUUCACAUGGGUUUUGUGUAAUAUACCUUUGUUCUUUUCACCUGUACUAGGUCCGAAGUCAGCUGGUGUUAUGUUAAAACAGAAUAGAAGCAUAUGGCAUAUUAACAGUGCUCACUUACUGUUGAAGAAUGAGUUGGUCCUUUAUUUAGAAGAAAGAAUGGCCUUAACCCCAGAGCAAGAUGAGAUUUUGGAGUGUUUAUACAAAACGUGUUCAUCAGAAGGAUACAUUUUUUUUCUUUUGUAUAAAACCAAGUGCUUUAAAUGUUAUGUGGUUGCCUUACCAGGAUGUACCAGGGGGAAUAUUUCAUCUGAAGUGAUUGAUUGAUUAAAGUGCCUUAACUGCC